AUGUCCCGUUGGGCCUCGGCGGCGGCGCUGGUCCCGCUGCUCCUCCUGGCGCUGUCCCCUCGGGUCCCGGGCCCCGCGGGCGGCUGCUCCCGGCGGGCGGCCUCCCGCAACGGCUCCUCCGUGGUCCCGCACCCGUUCAUGGUGGCCCUGUACCGCGGGCGGCAGGGGCUGCGGGCCCCGGGGCCCGACGACACCGUCACCGCCUUCGCCGACCGGGCCACGACGGACGACUCGGCGGCCUCGACGGGUCAGACGUUCGUGUUCGACGUGUCCGGCCUGCCGCCGGCCGACGAGGUGGUGGGGGCCGAGCUGAGGGUCCUGCGCCGCCCGACCGACCCGACGCCGCCGACGCCGCCCAUGCUGCCUCCGAUGCUGCUGCUGCUGCAGGGCCUGCCGCCGUCGGGGCCGCCGCUGCCGCUGGCGUCGAGGCCCGCCUGGCCGCUGGGGGGCGCGCCCCGCUGGGAGGCGUUCGACGUGGCGGCGGCCGUGCGGCGCCACCGCCGCGACCCGCGCGCCCGCGCCCGGCCGCUGGGGCUGCGCCUGCGCGUGCUGGCCGGCCCGGCGCGCGCCCCCCGCGCCCCCGCGCCUCGCCGGCUUCGGCCGGCGGGCCCGCCACGAGGGGGCGCUGCUCGUCGUCUCCUCCCGCGCACGCGCGGGCGCCCCGCGACGCCGCCGACGCCGCCGCCGACGCCGCCGCCGUCGGGGCAGCCUGGUGCGCCAGGCCGGGGCGCGCGCCCCCUGGCGGACGGGCGGGGGUCCCCGCCCCCCCGCAAGGCCCGCACCCGCUGCAGCCGCAAGCCCCUGCACGUGGACUUCAAGCAGCUGGGCUGGGACGACUGGAUCAUCGCCCCCCUGGACUACGAGGCCUACCACUGCGAGGGCCCCUGCGACUUCCCCCUGCGCUCGCACCUGGAGCCCACCAACCACGCCAUCAUCCAGACCCUGGUCCACUCCAUGGCCCCCGGCGCCGCGCCCCCCAGCUGCUGCGUGCCCGCCAAGCUCAGCCCCAUCAGCAUCCUCUACAUCGACGCCGCCAACAACGUGGUCUACAAGCAGUACGAGGACAUGGUGGUGGAGACGUGCGGCUGCAGGUAGCCCGCGGACGGGCGGGCGGACGCCUCCUCCCCUCUGCCCUCCCGGCGGAGGCCAGCGAGGCGAGCGGGGCCACGCCGAGGUCCAUCCCGUGGGAGAUGCAGAGGCCUCCCGCCCUCUCCACCCACCACGUGCCAUCCCUACCAAGAUCCUGCCGGAGACGGAAGGACGGGCGGGGGCGAGCGCUUACCGCAGUGUCCCCGCUCGCAGCCGGCGCUCGGUCCGUGCCCUUGACCAUCGUCGAAACCGGCACCUACCGGGGGCCGGGGACCGUCUUUC